AUGAAUGCAGGGCUGGGCGGGCAGCAGGCUGCAAGGCUGCUGGGCGGCUGCAGAAGCGCCAGCAUUUGGCGGUCCGACAAGACAAAGGACUCCAUUGUGAGCGACCCCGUGCAGGACCUCAACCCACAGAGCACCCGCGAGAAGCGCUUCGCCGACGAGGACACCCGCCCCAUCAGCACCCUCUCUCAGGACACUGCUGCUGGUGUGGCCCCGAGAAUGGACCAGCGCGAGGGGGACAGCUCCUACGGCAAGGAUGACAUUCGGAGCACGAAAGAGAAGAUGAAGAACAUGGAUGGUACGUCGUUCAACAAGGAGACCGGAUUGGACAAGGACAUCAAGGACGAGCGCAACCGGCAGGGCGUCAGCCUCGAACAGGACACUCCGCUCUACAAGGAGGGCGCCGAGUACUCCGACGCUUCCGCCACCGACGUCCGCAAUUCAGACGACAUGAACCCGGACCACAAGACCACGGAUCCCUUCAAGACGCCCGAUUCGAGCUGGUUCGCCUGA